AUGGAAGUUGUAUUGGGGAUGAAUAUAUUAAGCUCAGUAAGACGUUCUUCUGGUGGUUCUGAGUCGGGCAUUGAUGGACAUGCAUCUGAACAUGACAAUAUGCAAGAGACUCUCUAUCUACAGUCAGACAAUAGUGGGAAAGAUAACAAGAAGAAAUAUGUGUGGAUGUUCCUAGCGCACCUUUUGUACAUUGGUAUAUUUAAUAAGGAAUAUGAAUGGACUAUGUAUAUGAGAAUAAACUGGACAGAUUCACGUCUGAACUACGCGGCUAAUAACACAAACUAUAAAACACUUAAACUAAGCAGCGCAGAUGUGAGAAAAGUCUGGAUUCCAGAUUUAUUCUUCCAUCAUGAAAGACACGCUGAAGUUCAUACAUUGCUCCGUGAGAAUGUACUAGUUGACAUUUACGAAGAUGGCAGUAUCCAGUACAGUGUGCGGGUUAAUAUGAGAUCUCACUGUAAAAUGAACCUUUCGAAAUACCCGUUCGACACACAAUCGUGUCCAGUACUCAUUCAAAGCUAUGCCUACACAGCUGACUAUAUCAUUCUUCACUGGCAAGGAGAUCCGGCCGUAAUAAUUGACAACGCUGACCAUUUGUCGUUGGAGCCAGGCUCAACAAAGAGUGGGUUUUGGUCUCCAUAUAAGGCGUUAGCUGGAAAUUAUUCAACAUUGUUCGCUACGAUUCUUUACAAACGAGCAUCCCAGUCUCUAGAUGUCAUGUAUGUGGCACCAACCAUUGUUUUUGUUGGCGUUUCAAUGUCUUCAUUUUUCUUUGGAGACCAACUAACUUCACGUAUCGCAGUAGUCACUGGCUCCUUAACUCAAAUAAUUUUGCAGUGGGCAGGACUACACGGGAAACUACCUCUUGUUUCUAGUUUAUCACGUCUUGAUCAUUGGAUGUUAUGUAACCUGGUUUUUGUAGUGGUUGUGUUAAUUGCCAACGCGGUGAUAUACCACACUGUCAUUAAAACAAACAAGGAAGAACAAGAGAAAAGUAAGCAAGAUAGUGAAAAGAAGAGGGAGUAUGAACAUCUGGUCCGUCUGACAUUGAUCUGUAAAAUCAUAGCGACAGGGAAACCUGAUCCAUCCACUGAAAGCGAUUCGACAGCUGAAGAUUGGAAGAAGAAGAUUAAAGAACUUGCUUACCCUGAGAACCCGCCGGACCAAAACAACCCUGAGAACCCGUCGGACCAAAACAACCAUGAGCACCCGUCGGACCAACACAACCCUGAGAACCCGCCGGACCAAAAUGACGGAGGCAGACAAGUGACGGUGAGUGGUCGCACUACUUCACCCCGAGCACUGAGUACUUAUGUUAGCUAA